CUUGUUUUACGACAUUGCUUCCACAACAACUAAGGUUGAAGGUUGAAGGUUAGUUAGUUGUUAACACUUAAAACCACAAAAAAGGUAGAAGAAGAAGAAGAAGAAGAAGAAGAAGAAUACAGCACAGCACAGCUCACACAAGAAAAAAGGGAGAGAAAAAGAAAAGGAAACAGAGAAAAGAGAUGGGUAUGUUCUGUAGUUGCUUCAAUGGUGGAAAUGGUAAACGAAUGACAAAAGAAGAAGAGAGAUUAGCGUCUGAAGAAGCUCGUGCCAAAGCUGCUGAAGCCGCUGAGAAAAGGCAAGCGCAAUUUGAGAAUUCUGCAGCAGGACGAGCUGCUCGUGCACAGCAACAUGGAAUGGCAAAGCAAGCAGCAAACGCAAACAAAGGCGAACCAGUGCUAAAGUGGCAGAUGGGUUGAGGUUAGGGAAUUUGAUAUUAGAGUCAACUUUCAAUUGUGUGUAAGUAUUAGCAAAGGGUGCGGCAAGGUUCUAUGCAGCGCGAGCUUCGCUUUCUGCGAAGAUGAACAAAUUGUGUGUGCUCAGUGCUGCAAGCGUAUCAUUAGUGCCAAGUUGUUUAUUAAAUAGUCUUUGAUUGUAAAGAUUAUGUUGUUAAUUAGUUAAGAAUAGUUUGAUACCCUUUAAAAAAAAUGCUAGAUAUUUGGUAGCAACUUUAUUUUCUCUCUGUAGUUCAACUCACCAAUGUUUGAAAACGAAAAAUGGAAAAGGGAGAGAGUUCAACUCAACCAGUUUAGAUUUU